ACACUGCUCUUAACUGAAUCAGCUGUUGACUCACUAUCUCAAAAAUCUACGCACAAAUUAAGACAAAUUUUGAUUUAAAAUAGAAUCAAGAGAUAAUUAAAGCCUGUAAUCAUGGUUGUUGGUCGCCUUGCAUUUCCCAUUAACCUGGCCCUGCAACAAUUUUCGCGCAGGGUGGCAGCGAACCCCGGAAACCUGAAAGUCCUUCAGCGCCACAUGUCCAGCGUGUACUUCCGCAGCGGAGCCAUCAAACCGAAGCCCGAGGAGAUGCCCUUUGGCCUUCUGGCCAUUUUCUGUGCCGUCAUCCCUGGUCUCUUUGUGGGCGCCACCAUCAGCAAGAACGUGGCCAACUUCCUGGAGGAGAAUGAUCUCUUCGUGCCCGCCGAUGACGACGACGAUGAGGACUAAGCUUCUGGAAAAGCUGUACGUGGGAUUACCACCUAGUCGAGAUGAAUAUUUUGGCUUAGAGUCGUUGUCCCACGCACACAAACACUCAACACUCGGCCAAAAAGUUUACUCAUCUAUUGCCCUCCUCUUUUGCUAUUUAAAUCUCUACUUUUAAGACACCAAAGUUUUGUCAUUUAUGUGUUUCGUGUGUAUUUGCAAGUCCCUCUUUAAAAAUUUUUAUCUAACUUAUUUGUCAAUUGUGUUUACAAUGCUCGAUAGAUUCACGAAUGUUACUAGAAUUUAAUAAAGUUUAUUCGAUUACGCUUAA